AUACCAGAAUGUCUGAUUUAACUGUUCAGACCUGAACCACGUGGGAGAGCGAGACUAUAAAACAUUUCCUGCCUGAAAAGCUGAGCCACACAAAAAGGAGCGGCAACCAAACAGGACGGAGAGGACCGAGCUGGGCUGUUUGGAGUAACUGCUGAACCCUCUAGUCAUUAUCAGCAAUGGUAAAACCUGAUAUUUUGCUGCCAAUUUGCCAUUUUUUGGUGUUAUUUACACUUUUUGGAGUUGUGGAUGCAGGCAAAGUGCUGGCAGUGCCUGUAGGCGGGAGUCAUUGGUCCACCAUGAAGUUUUUGAUCAAGGACCUCACGAAGAAAGGUCAUGAAGUUACUGUGAUCAGACUCUCCCAUGAUCUGAAUGUUGACAGCACGUCUCCUGAUUUCAAAGUUAUAACAAUCCAGCUGUCAGACAACCAAGCCAGGUCCAUGGAGGAGAAGAUAGAAACUGUUCUGUCAUGGAUCUUUUACAACACCUUCAUGAAGGAGACCAGCUCCAGCACAGCAUUCUGGGAAUUUCUGAUGUCUGUAAGGAGACUGACUCAGGAUAACAAACUUGCCAUUGAGACCAUUUUUGAUAACACCAGUUUAGUGAGACAGCUUCAAGAGACCCAUUUUGACAUUGCUCUGGCUGAUCCUUUCUUUCCAGGGAGCCUGAUGUUAGCGCGCUAUCUUAACUUGCCCAUUGUUCUUUUUGGCAAGUGGAUGCCCACUGAAGACAUUCACUUCCACAUUGCCCCAUCUCCACUUUCAUAUGUCCCUGUGCUGAACUCCAGACUCACAGACAGAAUGACAUUUUUGCAACGCCUAAAGAACGUAUUGAUGUACAGCUUUGGACGUCUACUGAACCAUAUUUUCAUUUAUUCUACCUAUAAUGAGCUCUGCAAGCGGUACCUGAAGUCAGCUGACAGCAUCUACACUCUUUACAAGCAAGCUGACAUUUAUCUCAUGAAGUCUGACUUUGCUUUGGAGUUUGUAAGACCGUGCAUGCCCAAUACCAUUUAUAUAGGGGGAUUCCACAUCCAGCCAGCAAAUCCUCUUCCUCCUGAGCUCCAGGAGUUCAUGGAUGAGGCUGAAAGCGGCGUGGUCAUCUUCUCAUUGGGAUCAAUAUUUAGCACCCUACCUGGAAACAUUGCCACAGAGAUAGCAGCCGGACUCGCACAACUCCCGCAGAGAGUGGUAUGGCGCUACACAGGCCCGCCCAUCCCAGGCUUGGGAAACAACACAAAGCUAGUGAGCUGGCUUCCCCAGAAUGACCUCCUGGGCCACCCCAACACCAAGGCCUUCAUCGCACACGGUGGCGAAAAUGGAAUCUAUGAGGCCAUCUACCACGGGGUCCCCGUUGUGGGUUUCCCGCUUUUCGGAGACAACUAUGACAACCUCCUGCGGCUGCGAGUCAAGGGCGCAGCGAUUCUCUUGGAGAACCUGAACCGGUUGAACAGGCGAGACAUUUGGGCUGCGGUGCAAAAUGUGACAGAGGACCCAUCCUACAGGAUUAGCAUGAGGAAGCUGUCUCAGCUGCACAGAGACACGCCCAUCCCUGGAAGAAAGCUGGCCGUCUUCUGGACUGAGUAUGUCAUGCGAAACAAGGGGGCUCACCACCUCCGUGUUGCAGGAAAUGACCUACCUUUCUACCAGUACCACCUUUUGGAUGUGCUUGCCUUCAUUUUAAUGUGUUUAGUCUUACUCUCUUAUUCAGCUUGGUCUGUGCUCAGAAUUCUGUGGAGGACGUUACAUGGCAGAAUUAAGGUUAAAAAACUCUGA